CACCGACACUGAACAUCAGUGUCAUUGCCGGAACCACCCCCAGACACGGGCACAUUAGAGGAAAGCCGGCAGAUGGUGCUUCAGAGAGCAGACGCUGCUAUCGCUGCCUUUCCCAAAGUGGGUUAAGCAGUACAAAUGGCACAGCGCUCUGGAGGCAGGUUACAGUUGUCCUUAAGCUGUGAAAAGUCAGGAGAUAAUUUCUGAGCUGUUCCCCCCACGGCCAUUAGUUUGUUAGCAUCUUUAAUCUAGAAGUCCAGUAGCAAAUGGGUGCUGUUUUUAGAAAGGAAGUAAAUUAGCCCUGCUCACUCAGCAGUGUUCAAUCAUCUUUUUCUCAGCAGCUGGGAGUCCCUUCUGGAAACAGUCAAAUGCAGCUCCCCUUGACUCAGAUUUGUGGUAGUAAUGUUACCACCAGCACUGUGACUCUUGGAGAAAUACAUGUGGUAAUCUUGGCAUAGAUUUCUGUACAGAGAAAAUGUAAACCUACAGAGUAGGUAGUGUUCCAUCUUUACCAUUAUGCAAAAUAACCAUUGCCAUGCUUCCCAAAUAAGGACUCCACGCAAGCUACUUCCUGAAGACAGAGGUCCCUCAUAAGAGCACCAGUUCUUAUGUCUGUGCUCACACCAAAUUCUAUAGGAACCCGAUUGCUAGUGAAUCAGUUAUGGAUAGUUAGGACACAUCCAUUACUCUGACAGAGUAAACAGCAUCACUGACUGUUUUCAUAACCCAGCCCUAAGAUCAGCUCUUAAACCGAUAACUCAGAUUUGUCUGCCACACUUUGAUAACUGAAUACCUCAUGGCCACACCCUGCUGAGUAGAUCUUCAUUUUCUAGGAUGGGCAGUAGCAGUGAACAUUUAACCCUCUGGUCCCCAACAUGCUGUUCUUUGUUUCUGUCUAAAGUUCCUUAGACGUUCUGUUCAUUUAACUCACGAGCUCCCCUGACUGUUUCUUCUCCCAUGGCACUGUUCAGGGCAUUCUUUGCUCCACAUGCAGGUCAGGAUCUCUCUGCUAGACAUCUCUACUGGGAGUACAGCAGCUUCCCUCGUGUCCUGCACAGGCUCCCUCCCAGCACUCGGGCCACCAGCCCGGACCAUCCCCAGAUGCUCGGGAAGGGGUGGGAUGUGCACAGCACGGGGAGUCUCCACCCCCUCGAGUGGAGCUGUAAGUAGGACAGGAGCUGUUCAGAGAAAUCAGAGCAGAGACACAGAAAACACAAAACCAGACUGGUCUGGAAAGGAAAUAAUCAGGAUACAGAAGAGAAAAAGCAAAAAGAUAACUUGAGAUUUGGAGCUGAUGUAGAAAACAGAAUGGAAGGCAAACUCCCAUGUCUCCUCCUGCUGGUGGGAGCAGUCGUGACUACCCAGUGCCAGGGCUUACUCACACGUUUCAGACGGGGAGCCAGACCCAGAGCUGUUUGCAAAGACAGUUCCUCUGGAGAAGUGUUCCAGCACGGGUGGACCUGGCUGAGGCUGGCAGGGAGCAGGAUAGAGUACUGUAGGUGUGACAGCGGGCAGAGGCGCUGCCACACAGUGCCUGUCAGAGCCUGCACUAGAAAUAAAUGCUACAAUGGGGGCCAAUGUUCACAGGCAUAUUAUUCCCCACAGCUCUUCAUCUGCCAGUGCCACCAGGGUUUCUCAGGGAAGCAGUGUGAAAUAGAUACUGAAGUUAAAUGCUACAGAGAUGCUGGAGUAACAUACAGGGGUACAUGGAGUGUGACAGACAGUGGAACUGAAUGUUUAAAUUGGAAUAGCAAAGACUUGAUGGACUGGACAUACCAUGGCCAAAGAGCAGAUGCAGCUGAGCUGGGAUUAGGCAAUCACAACUACUGCAGAAACCCAGAUGAGGACUCCAGACCUUGGUGCUAUAUCUAUAAAGGGGGAAGGUUCACCUGGGAACACUGCAGUGUGCCCUCCUGUUCAAAAGUUUCAAGCACCAGCUGCAGAUCUGGGAGAGGCACAGAUUACCGAGGCAGCCACAGUGUUACCAGUUCUGGAGCUACCUGUCUGAAGUGGAAUUCUGGGAUCCUUUUCAACAAGCGAUUUACUGCUUGGAGAAGAGACGCUUCCCAGCUGGGCCUUGGGAGUCACAAUUUCUGCAGGAAUCCUGACAAUGACAGCAAGCCCUGGUGCCAUGUCCUGAAAGGAAGUCAGCUCACAUGGGAGUACUGCAAUGUGCCUACUUGCUCCAGCUGUGGCGUGCGGCAGCGCCGGCAGUUCCGCGUCCGCGGGGGCUCCUCCGCCGACAUCGCCGCUCACCCCUGGCAGGCUGCCAUCCUCGCCACCUACCGCCGGCUGCCCGGGGAGCACUUCCUCUGCGGGGGCACCCUCAUCAGCUCCUGCUGGGUGCUGUCAGCUGCUCACUGCUUUGAGGAACGCUUUAGUACAAAUCAGCUGAAGAUUGUGCUGGGCAGGACUUCCCGAGCCACUCCCGAGGAAAAUGAACAAAAGUUUGGAGUGAAGAACUACAUUGUCCAUCCGAGAUUUGACUCAGAAAAUUUCAACAAUGACAUUGCUCUGCUGCAGCUGAGCUCAGAUGCAGGAACCUGUGCUGUUGAGACAGACACUGUGAGAGCUGCCUGCCUCCCCACACCAGGGUUGCAGCUGCCUGACUGGACAGAGUGUGAGAUCUCUGGCUAUGGCAAAGUUGACGAAUUCUCUCCAUUCUACUCGGAGCAGCUCAAGGAGGGCCGUGUCCGGCUGUUCCCGGCCAGCCAGUGCACGGCACAGCACCUGGACAACCGCACGGUCACCGACAACAUGCUGUGUGCAGGGGACACCAGGAACCUUGAUGAUGCCUGCAAGGGCGACUCUGGAGGGCCCCUGGUGUGCCCGAAGGACGAGCGGAUGGUUGUGGUUGGGAUCAUCAGCUGGGGGAUUGGCUGUGGCCGCAAGGACGUGCCUGGGGUUUACACAAAGGUGAAUCGGUACCUGGGCUGGAUUGAGGACACCACAAACCCCUGAGAAAGAAACAUGAACUCUUUGCAGUCUCGUGGCCGUGCCCUCACAACCUCCUUCUGGUGCCUUAAGGACUUCAAGGGCUUCCUGUUUGUCCACAGGCUCGUGACUUUCAGUACAAGGGAAGACAAACUGCAGUGUGUGAGAAGGGCACGUUCCCAAAUUACCCUCCUGUCCUUAUUACAGGUUAUCAGAAACUCAUCCUCCUUUCCCCACAACAUCCCCAAGCUUUCAACUCGCAUCAAAUCACAUGAGUACAAUUUAAAAUUAGUUUUGGGCCAAAAGAAUAAGCCAAGAGAGAACAUCAUGCAUCCCUGAAGCAGAUAUGUUGUUUUGGAAAUGGGUGUAAACUGAAGGCAAAGAGGACAGAUCUAAUUUCCUGAAAACUUCAUUUCCCUCCUUACUUGGCUGUAAAAUUGGAAGACAUUCCAGUCAGACUUAAGCUCUGUCCUUAUGACAUUUGACUUGGGUAAUUUAAGCUGGUUUCAGCUUGACUCCAAUAGAAAGAACAAAGCUGUAGGCAUGAGCUGCUUAUUUCCAGAUCAAUAUACUACUUGCUUUUUCA